UCAAAAUGGCGACUCCAAAAACAAUUCUCCAGCGUGCUUGUGUGCCACUUUGCAGCGAGCUUACCGAUCGCUGAACGGCUCUUCGCUCGGUGGAUUCGACGCGAAACGCAAAGCUCGAAGCACAAAGACAGACACCCGGGUGUUCCGGUGAUUUGUCGAAUCAGCGAAACAAUCAACUUCUCCGCGCGCGCCGAUUCUUUGCGUCCCUUUGACGGGUGUACAAGUGUAAUUUGCGGCGGUAUUCUCGUGAGAAAGAGGCAACACUCGGCAAUAUCGAAAAUGCAGACAAUAAAAUGUGUUGUAGUGGGAGAUGGAGCGGUUGGUAAAACUUGCUUAUUAAUCUCAUAUACCACAAACAAAUUUCCAUCCGAAUAUGUUCCAACAGUAUUUGAUAAUUAUGCAGUCACUGUCAUGAUUGGUGGUGAGCCAUACACAUUAGGAUUAUUUGAUACUGCAGGUCAAGAGGAUUACGAUCGUCUGCGUCCGUUAAGUUAUCCACAAACUGAUGUAUUUCUUGUAUGCUUCUCAGUUGUGUCACCAUCAUCGUUUGAGAAUGUUAAAGAAAAGUGGGUGCCGGAAAUAACGCAUCAUUGUCAGAAAACGCCGUUUUUGUUGGUCGGGACGCAAAUUGAUUUACGAGACGAUGCUGCGACAACUGAAAAACUCGCAAAGAACAAACAAAAGGCGAUUUCGGGCGAACAAGGGGAGAAACUUGCUAAAGAAUUAAAAGCCGUGAAAUAUGUUGAAUGUAGUGCUCUUACACAGAAAGGACUGAAGAAUGUCUUUGAUGAAGCAAUAUUAGCGGCUCUCGAGCCUCCGGAACCCGUUAGGAGAAGAAGGUGUACCAUUUUGUAGGAGGUGUUUGGUCCUUUUUAUAAAACUGUUAGUCCUACAGUGAUGAAGACUUUUUUGCAGUGGUUAUACUCAAAGGUACUGACAAUGACUGUCUAGUUCAUCGAACACAAAUGAUAAAAGUACGGUUAUUAGCUAAUGUGCUAUGAAGAAAUAUCUUCAAAAAAAAAAAACGAUUAAAAAGAAUUUAGUUCUGUUUUUUAGUUAAGAGCUUUAUUUCAUUACUCUUAUUUUUUAUCAUCAUUAUUACUUUUAAUCAUUAAUAUUUAGCGAAACAUAAUUCGUAGUUUUAUACAUUCAUGGAAUUCGUAAAACUUAUAUAGAUUAUUAUGUAAAGAUUAUUUUCAUAAGUUAUUAUAAAAUGUGUAUUAUAUUCUUGGAUAUAUGAUGAGAAUAUUCUGAGUGUGGUAAGAAACAAAAUAACCUAUAAAAAUACAUUAAAGACUUUUUAAUUAGAUGUUAUAAACAUGAAAGUAGACGUUAUUUAAGACUCGCGAUCUUACAUAUCCUAUUAACAACUCCAAAAAUUUACAAUAUUUUCAUUUAAUUAUAUAAUAUACAUUGAAACAAUAUAUAAUGCAAGGCCUUCCUCUAUUGAGAAAAAUGGGAUGAUCUGAAUAUAUUGUUGAAAAUAUCGAAUACUCCUGACUCCUGUUGAGGAAAAUUUUGUCCGUGUACAAAAUAAAUAUAUUCCUUUUAUUAUACUUCAUUUUUCAUUAACUUUAUUGACCAAUCUGUCACAGUGUCUUUACAGUGUUAUUUUUGACAGAGAUCGAAAGUAUUAAUGCGUUUUUGUAAAGCUCAUAAAGAAAUGGAAAUAUAUUAGCCAAUUGAUACGUUUCUUAAUAGUUUCUGCUGCUAAAAAAAUUGACGUUCAGAUAACUCUUGAUAGUACGUAUGUAAUGAAAGAAAUUUACCAUGCUGUAGAAAGCCAAGAGAAAUCGAGUUAAUUGGGCUAAUUGGUCACGAUUUGUACCAAGGUUACAAAUUAUUUUACGCAUACAAGUAUUAGUGAAGGAUAAAAAUGAUUAAUUCGAUAAGUGCCAGAGAAUUCUUAUGAGAAUAUAUUACAUGAUGCGUGUGUGCGUGCGUAUGUGCGUAUGUGCGUGUGUGUAUUAUUAGCCGGGAAGAACGUUUGUAUAUUUCUACCAUGAUUAACGUUUCUCUUUUGUAUUCGCUGAUAUUUGAGUCUGACUUUUGAUUCCAGAAUUAUAAAAAUAAAGAUAUUUGUAAUAUAAUAA